UUCUUGUAAUUGUGUUUAAAAGUGUAAAUUAAAUUUACCAAAAUUACCACUACUAAAUGAAACUACUACAAACAAGUGUGGGAGAGUAGUAAUAACUUGAGAAACAUUACCCAGAAACGAAAAGAUGAACAGCGUAACCAUUUUAUCAUUGAAACCAUGUAUUCCUCACAACAAACUUCUUUUUCCCAAAACCUUCUCCACAAAAUCAACAACAAUACUUCGUGCAAAUCUUCAGCCACCCAAUUCCACCAACACAACAACCCAGCAGCAACAACAACAGCUCAAUCUCUCCGUUCUCCGCUUCACGUUAGGGAUACCUGGGUUUGAUGAAUCUUACUUGCCUAGAUGGAUUGGUUACGCUUUUGGUUCUCUUCUCAUCUUAAAUCACUUCCUUGGUUCUGAUUCUGCCACUAUUACACCACCUCAGCUCAGAACAGAGGUUUUGGGUCUGUCUUUGGCUUCCUUCUCAAUUCUGCUGCCUUACCUUGGUAAAUUUCUCAAGGGUGCUCAACCAGUGGAUCAAACAACUCUACCAGAUGGAACACAACAAAUAUUUGUCAUGUCAACCGAUAUAGCGGAUGGUCUGAAGGAGGACCUAGCUUGGACAUCAUAUAUUUUGCUGCGUAAUACAAAUGCCAUAGCUGCGCUCAUUUUUAUUCAAGGAGAAAUAUGUGCAAGGGGCUACUGGAACGUAAUCGAUGAUUCAUCAAAAGAAACUCUUCUUGAACAGUUUAGAAACAAAAUUGAAAUUUCUGGCCUCAAUGAUUUGAAGGAGACCCUAUAUUUUCCACAAGACGCAGAUUCUGAAUUUCAGGACCUUGUACCUAAAGGGGCUCGCUCUCUUCUGGUGCAGCCAAUAUUACAAGUUUCUAUGGAGAGUGCUACCGAUUCGCAAAAACCGGCAGGAUUUAUUCUGCUGGUCUCGACCUCGAGAUAUGCAUUUAGCAUUAAAGACAGAGGCUGGAUUGCAGCUGUGGCCAACAAGCUUAGAGUCCUGAACCGGCAACUUCAGCUUCUUCUACGGAUUCAUGUGGUGAUCUUACGCAGUACUUCGUCACAGAUACUAUUUUUGACUCACGAGAUAAGGUUCUAGAAUGGGUAUACUCAAUUAGUAAAAAUUAUGGUAUUGUUGUUGCUACAAUCUGAUUCUGCUAAUGGAAUGCGAGGGAGGAAAGAUAAGUUGAUUAUAGGCUGAGGAGGAAAUUACAAAAAGAAAAAUGAAGUUGCGGUCCCUUCUGAUGGAAAUUCUACUAUGAGGCUUAGAUGCCCAUUUAGGCUGAGAUCUGUUCCGAGUGGUGUUGCUGGAUUCUACUAUGUGAAGUUGAGACCCGAUUGUCCACUGUCUCCCGUCACUGAUCGUUGGAAGAAUUAUUCUGAUAAUGCAAAAGCAUGGGAAUCAACAUAUGUGGGUCGGUUCAGACAUUGAGAAGAAUUGUCCAGGAAGUCAGACAUUGGGAAGAAUUGUUCUAAUAAUCCAAAAACUGUAGUUUUGUUGUAAUGCAUUUGUGUAUGUCAUUUAUUCUAUUUAUAUAUUAAGACGGUUCGUUA